AUGACCAACUGGAUCUAUGAAGCGAGUGACACUCUUUCCGGUCAGACAAAGGUUGACACCGCUGUUUCCAAUCUUAUGGGACUUUCAGGCAACUAUCGCCAAUAUAACCAACCGUUGCUAUCCUACUUUGAGGAGGAAAUAAAGAAUAUCGCAAAAAAUAUCCUGGAUGUCUCGGAGGACGAGGAAGAUUGUGCAUUGCUGAUUGCAAGAAAUUGGCACCGGCAAGCAACCGAGUGCGAUGGGACCUUGCACUAUCAACGCUAUAUUGAAGCUUGUCCACCGAUCGUAUCAGCUUUCGAUCAGCUGUGCCUUGAUAUGCCCAGAGUCGACGAUCUUCUAAACUAUGGAAUGGCGAUCUGUGGCGAAGAACAUUUCCAGGAAGGCAUUUGUCAAGGUGGCAUCCGCGCAGCUGAGGCCGGCAGAGAAGAGCAGAUGUGGAUCCUGCUCUGGUGUGAAAUCUUGAGAAACUGCCCUGGGCCUGUUCUGUUUAACCCACUUGCUAGUUUAUCAUUCAGUUCUUUUGAUUUCCAUUUGGAUGAAAUUCCGCGCUAUUUAUUCCGGACAUUUGACCCGAAAAGCUCUGGAAAGAACAAUGGCGAUGUGGUUGCUUCGCCAGCGAGUGAAAACAGGACCAUCAACAGCAAAAUCGACAUUUUGUCUCUAGAAGAUGACUUCGCAACAACCGUUGUGGACUGGCACUUGAACCCGUGGAAGUGUAGAGAUGAUAGAAGUCAGAACCCUGACAACUUCAUGUCAUGGACAUCUUCUCUUCUAUACGCCAUCCAAUAUGCACUCUACAGACGCCAUCGUUACGGCUGCACUUCGGAAGAUAUCAAGAUAUGUGUGAUUGAUACAGAGAAGUUCUCACGGGGUCAAUUUGUGCACGCCAAGCGUCUUCUCCAAGCCUAUUAUCAAUUUCUCAGGCAAGCCGAUAUGCGACAUUCCUACGAUACCCGUCUUCUGUUGUAUAUUUAUGGAAAUGGAGAGUACCUAUCCCAAGGCGUGCUCAAUCACAAAGGACGAUCAUGUGUAACAUCUCUGGCACGUCUCGAAGAAAAUGGACUCUCUUCACUGUAUCCCGAAUUGGCAGAUCCGAUGGGCCACAGAAAAUGGGCAAUUCGAACCAUACACCUUCGCCAUCUGUGGGAAGACCAACACGUAACAACCUAUGAAGAGAUACAAAUGGCCCUUUCGCUUGCGAAAAGCUGUUUCCGGAACAUAAAAGAGUUGGAUAUUGCCACCAUGAUCCUGACUUUUAAGCACCGUGAGCUUAGGCGUGCAGCUUCUGGCAAGUUUUCAACCUCAUGCACGCUAUACAGUGCUGACCAAUUGCUAUAG